CGCGCGCUGAUUGACAGGCGGCGGCGGCGGCCGCGGAAGGCCCCGGCUCAGCUACCAGCUGCUGCUGCGCGCUUCGCCAGCAGGUCGCGAUGCCUUAGCCCAGCUCCUGGAGGCCCGUACAGUGGGCCAGUCCCAUGGGCCAGCCCCCCGGCAUCCUCUGACCCUGGGAGAAGUCGCCUCCAGCUGCCCCCCACUGCCUUCGCCUCCGCAAGACACCCGCCGGACCGAGCCAUGGAGGCGCCCGAGGUGCCCGUGGGCUCCCUGAUCGACCUGGGCACUGAGUCGCCCACCACCUGCCCCAGGGAGGCGCUGCCGCCCGAGCUGCAGGACGAGGAGGGCUCCCAGGGCGACGCCACUGAGAGUGAAGCCACCGAGUCCGCCGACAGCGAGAACGACAUGGGCGAGUCGCUCUCGCACCCGUCCUGGGACGAGGACCGCCGCUCGCCCUCGGACGACUCCGUCGCCUCCAACCAGAGCGCCGAGUGGGCCAAGGAUGAGGACUUGCUGGAGCUCCGCGAGUUCAUGCGCCGCUACGUGGAGAAGAUCUUUUCGGGCAGGGAAGAUCUGGACCAGGAGGAGAAGGCCAAGUUCGGGGAGUUCUGCAGCAGCGAGGAUGGCCGAGGCCGAGAGUGGUUUGCACGAUUUGUGAGCGCCCAGCGCUGUAACUCCAAGUGCGUGUCCGAGCCGACCUUCUACCGCCUGGUGCAAUCUUUUGCUGUAGUCCUGUUCGAGUGUCACCAGCUGGACGACUUUGGCCCGGCCAAGAACCUCAUGACCAUGUGCUUCACAUACUACCACAUGGGAAAGCCACAACUGCUCCCUGGAGAGGCCCGGGAGAAAGCAGGGGGCACCAUCGACUCCUACCUGAAGUCGGCCAACAGCUGGCUAUCUGGCACGAAGGACAUGGCUGAGCGGCUGCUGAAGAACACAGCCAGACCCGAGGGCGUCAGGGGUCUCUUUGGGGGGCUGGAGACCAGGCUGAAGGGGCCACUAGGCACCAGAAAUGAGGAGGAGAACAAGUAUCCAGAGAAGCAGCAGAGGAGAGGGAGUUUGAACAGCCCCACGGAAGAGAGAAAGGGGGAAAAGAUCUACCUGUACACGCACCUGAAGCAGCAGCCCAUAUGGCACACGCUGAGGUUCUGGAAUGCUGCCUUCUUUGACGCCGUCCACUGCGAGAGGAGAAAGCGCUCACCCACCACCAGAGGGGAUGCUGGAGAGAAGGAGACGAGGGAGAAGUGGGGCCACAUGACGCAGGAGGAAAGGGAGGACAGUCUGCGCUUCCAUGAGAACAUCACCUUCGGGCAGCUGGGCACUUUCACACACAACAUGCUGGCAUUCGGGCUCAGCCAGAAGCUGUGCGGAGACUUCCUGAAGAAGCAGGCGGUGAUUGGCAACCUGGACGAAGAACAAUACAAGCUGCUGCUCCAGCACAUCGACCAGACAGCCGUGGAGUAGUUGCCCAGCCUGGACCAGAUGGCCCCAGAGUCACCGUUGCAUCUGCUGCCUGCAUGCCUAGAUUAGCCAUGACCAGAGCCAGUGCCCCCCACCCAGUCUGUCCCCAACCAUGUGCCAAAGCAUCUCUGGGACUCCAGGGCUCAA